AUGGAUUCAAGUGCAGCAACUAUGGAUGAUACAACUAAACAGUUUACUACAGGGGAAACAGUGGUAGGAGAAGAAGACAUAAUUAGCAACCUCCAUGAAAGCAUUCUUGGUCACGUCCUGUCUUUCCUUCCAACUAUGGAGGCUAUCCAUACUAGUGUGUUAUCAACAAGGUGGAUUCAUGCUUGGAAAUCCAUCACCAGUCUAAGGUUUAAUGAUAGUUUGCUUUGUUCUGGGAAGAAGAUGCAAAAGGAACAAUAUGUGUAUUUUGUGAACAAAGUGCUUCUUCACCUUGCUAAUUCAAGCAUCCAAAGCUUCUCUCUUUGUUUAACAUGUUAUCAUUAUGAUUCAUCUCAGAUUAGUGCAUGGAUCUCCUCUAUCUUGAAAAGGGGUGUCCAGAAGCUUCACAUUCAGUAUGCUGAUAAGGUCCUAAUCUCUUCCCAUUCCCUCUUUAGAUGCAACUCUCUAGUACAAUUGGUGCUUCAAAUGAGAUGUACUCUUAGUGUUCCUAUCUUUGCUUGUCUUCCAAAUCUUCAAAACCUUAGCAUUUCUGGGAUCUGGUUAGAGAGUGAAUCCUCCACUUAUUCAGAAGAUCUAUUUCUUAGUUUCCCAGUUCUUAAAGUGUUUGAAUCUAGAGGAUGUGAGUGGUCAACUAAGCAGAAUAUUACCAUACAAGCACCACUACUUGAAAGGUUUUCUAUAGCAAUUUGGAACUCCCUAUCAAAUGAAUCAUAUAAAUCUUCCAUCAAGAUUUUCUCUACCCAUCUAACAGAUUUUUCUUAUGAGGGUGAUCUUGCACAAGAAAUCAUUCUAUUAAAUUCACCACCAAUUCGUAGUGCAUCUGUUGUUAUUGUUGUUAAUGAGGACAAAAAGGUCCGAAUGGAAAAUCUUGGGUUUCAAGCACAUGGGCUUCUCAGACAAAUCCGUGAAGUAGAGUGCUUGAAAUUAUUGUUUUACAAGGUUUUAGUGCAUGCUAAAGAUGUUUUCACUCAUCUUCCAUUUUUUGGAAGGUUGACUUAUCUGCAAUUAAACGAGGUUACUGGUGAAGCUCUGCUGAACUUACUCCACAAUUCUCCAAUUCUGAAUACUCUUAUUUUACAAAAUGGUGUAUCUGAAUUAAAUAAAGAUUCGUUGACUUCUGCAUCAGUGCCUCAGUGCUUUGUGUCUAGCCUCAAAGUUUUUCAGUUUAAAGGAUUUAAUGUGCAUGAGAAUGAGCUUCUUCUGGCAAAAUUUGUGAUAGCAAAGGCAGCAGUGUUGGAACAAAUGACUAUAUAUACAGCUUUUUGGUUGAGAUAUUCAGAUAUUGACCUGGAGAAAGUUAAGGAUCGGAUACUCUCAUUUCCAAAGUGUUCCGACUUUGCCAUGAUAGAGUUUUCUGAUGUCAACAGUUCCUGA